GUGAGGAUUAAGUCCUGCAUGGACCUUCGAAUCGAAAUCCGAGAGCUCCUCCACCAGCAACGUCCACCACCAUACACGUCCGGCGCACACUUCGUCUCCUCUAGCCCCACGAGGCCUUGUGACAGCGCUGCAAAACGACCCGCCUUUGUGCGCUGAAGAGGAAAGCCGUACUUGUACCGGCUCGUAUUAAAGUCGCGCGAGAGAGACACGAUUUUGAGCGGCAACGCGCCAAAAUGGGAAACGGAAAUCGUGCCCAACAGAAGCGGGAACGCAAUGCUAAAGAGGCGAAAAAGGGACCCACUUCUCAGCUCAAGGCUAAUCAGGCAUCCCUGACUGUGCAGUGCGGCAUCUGCAAACAUCCUUUCAUGAGCACUGUCCGAGCGCCUGCUCUGAUGGAGCACAUCAACGGAAAGCAUCCAGGCAAGGACAUCAAGACGUGCUUCCCCACGUUCAGUGCAGCCUGAUCAGGAGCGCUCGAAGUGCUGCUGACAAGCCCUGCACAUUGUGCCUCGCCACGGCCAUCGCUCCACGUCCGACAUUGUCAACUUCCCUCGGCGCCGCCGUGCGCGCCUGUUGUACAUCCAAUAUCCCAUCAUAGAGUCCUUCAUCCAUAAUAAGCACAUAGAGCCCCUCAGUCUUGUUGGAGGUCCGCAAGCGUUCCCAGU